AUGAACCGUAAUCUUCAGUCUAAAAUUAAAAGUAUUGUAGCAGAAAUUAAUGAAUCAGAAUCAACUUCUGAUGAUGACUACACACGACAACAAUCCUGUGAUUUAUUGACGAAUACAGUUGCAGUAAUACCGCCAUUCAAUCAACAACGUUAUGAUACUAGACUACAAAGUCACAACAAUAAUUAUUUAUCAACAGAAAAUACUUCUCAAGAAUUUACAAUGUUUCCUAAUGCAUCUACUCAAAUUCAACGUAAACAGCGUGGCAACACUCUGAACUUCAAUCGUGCACCUUCUCCUAAUAUUUUUGAUAGACGAAAUCAAUUUCCACCUAAACCGAUAGUAGCGUCCCAAUCACGUUCAUAUGAAGAUCUUUCAAUACAUUCACUGCGUAAAAAAUUAACUAAUGAUAGUGGUACAGGUGAAUCAAUAAUAAUACCUGCAGAUGCACCCUAUUCAACACCUACGAGUUAUGAUAUAGUGCGUGUAUUCGGACAAAAAAAUACCGUAUUGAUGCGAAAUCGCUAUGAAUUUGAUCAAUCUAAAGUAGAUCAAUAUGUAAACCGGAAAAUUAAACACCCAAAACCACCAAUCAUCAAGCCCAAGAAGAUCGCCGAUAAUCCCAAUGGAAAAAAAGGAGUACUAUCUGGCUUGCCGAAAAAAUUCUCCAAAUCUUCUCUCAAUACUGAAUUUCCAUACUCUCCGAUCGUUCGCCAUCAUUCAUCGAGCGAUCACACCAACGACUAA